GGCCUUAGCUGAUAAUCUUAUUGAGAGACUACCAGUGAAUUUGGGGAAGCUUCAAUCUUUAAAAGUUAUGACGCUUGAUGGGAAUCGAAUCUCUUCCUUGCCUGAUGAAUGUAAUAUUUUUCUCUAAAUAAUGGGCCAGUUGGUGAGGCUUGAGCAGUUAUCCAUCUUAGGAAACGUAUUAACCAGCUUGCCUGAGACUAUUGGGAGCUUGCGCAAUUUGGUUCUUUUGAAUGUAUCUUCUAAUAAGUUAAAGUCUCUUCCAGAAUCAAUUGGGAGUUGCUUCUCUUUGGAAGAAUUACAAGCAAACGAAAAUCUUAUUGAGGAUCUUCCUGCAUCAGUUUGUAAUCUCAUUCACUUAAAGUCCCUUUCCUUAAACAAUAAUAACGUGAGCCAGAUACCUAAUAAUCUGUUGAAGGAUUGCAAAGCGUUGCAGAAUAUAUCCCUGCACGAUAAUCCAAUUUCAAUGGAUCAAUUUCAGCAGGUAGGUCAUAUUGGCUUGACUUGCUUUUCAAGUUUUUCGGCAGAAACAGAGAGUUUAGUAUGUAAACACUGAACUUUAUAAAAUAUGAAAUUUAGAUGGAGGGAUUCCAAGAGUUUGAGGCGAGGAGAA